AUGUCUGCUGAAGCCCCUGUUGAAGCCCCUGUUGAAGCCCCUCCCGCGGUGACCACGACCACCACGGCCGAGGCGCCCAAGUCGCCUCUCGCCAAGCUCACGGCCCGCCUCGCCGAAGUCAUCACCAAGGCCGACUACAAGGAGAUGUGGGGUGUCGAGCUUGACAGCUCGCCCGAAAAUAUCCCCAGCCAGGUCGUCCUGCAAAAGUUUCUGCGCGCCAACGGCAGCGACGUGGCGGCCGCAGAGAAGCAGCUCACGUCGGCGCUUGAGUGGCGCAAGACGAUGCAGCCCGCCAAGCUCGUCGACCAGCAGUUUGACAGGAGCAAGUUUGCCGACCUGGGCUACGUCACGGUCCACAAGGACGACGCGGGCAAGGAGACGGUCAUUACCUGGAACAUUUACGGUGCCGUCAAGGACAACAAGGCCACUUUUGGCAAUGUUGAAGAGUUCAUCAAGUGGCGCGCCGGUCUUAUGGAGCUGAGCGUUCAGAGGCUCAAGCUCAACGAGGUCAAGGAGCUCAUCCCCGAGGGCGGCGAGGACCCCUACCAGAUGAUCCAGACACACGACUAUCUCAACGUCAGCUUCUUCCGUAUGGACCCUGCCGUCAAGGCCGCCAGCAAGGAGACCAUCCAGACCUUCUCCAUGGCCUAUCCCGAGCUGCUCGCGCACAAGUACUUUGUCAACGUGCCCUUCAUCAUGGGCUGGAUGUUUGGCGCUAUGAAGCUCUUCCUCGCCCCGGCCACCCUGCGCAAGUUCCACCCGAUGACCUCGGGUACCUCCCUUGCCGCAGAGCUCCCCAAGAUCGCCGCCACGCUGCCCAGCGAGUACGGCGGUAAGGGCCCUAGCGUCAAGGAGGCCGGCCAGCAGCUCGCCCUCGUUGAGACUGCCCCAGCCACCGACAAGACCGAGCCCGUCAAGGCUGAGGAGCCAACUCCUGCGGCUGAGGCUCCUGCACCGGCUCCCGCGGCAGCUCCUGCACCGGCUCCUGAGGCUGCUCCUACGGCUGCACCCGAGCCGGCUCCUGCAGCCGCAGCCGAGGACAAGCCCGUGGCUGAGCCUGCCGACAAGACGGAGGCUGUUGCCGAUAAGGUUGAGGAGACUGCACCAGCCGCUGCCGUGGCCCCCGAGGCUACCGCCGGACCUGUUCCUGAAAAGACUGUUGCUUAA